AUGACACAUCGACGUGCACAUUCUCAGACAGCCGGUUCUCAACUUCUGUUCCACUUCCGCGCCGGUGAGGAGCGCUGUCCGUCAAUGGGGGCCGCGGCUACGUCGGCCAACUCCGAGACAGCAGCCACGCGCGUGCAUGACGGUCUCGUUGGCUGCGAUGGCACGGGGUACCACGGGGAGAGCUUACCGCCGCCGGCGUCAGAUCCGGACGGCCUGCGGCGCCGGGCGGCGAAGGAGAGGAUAAGGGAGCGGAUACUGCGCGAGGAGGUGGAGGCGAUGGCGCUCGAGUUCGAGGUCCGGCGUGAGCUCAUGGAAGAGCGCGCCAGUUUGCUCGCGCGGUUGGCCGGCGGGUCGGAAACUAGGGCAGCGCCGGCGGUGCCAUCGCUGAAGACGGCGCCGAUCGAUCACCAGUGUGUGCAGGUUGGAUCCAAAGUAGACGUGUCUGCGGCCGUGCCAGCCAACAAGAGGAAAACCCCUCAUGUCGCUGCUGCAUCCGUUUCGGUGGCCACUGGCAGCAAGAAGCACAAGCCUGAUCUGACUUGCACGGUGUGCAACAUCACGGCAACCAGUGAGGUUGCCCUGCAAGAGCACCUCAGAGGGAAGAGCCACGUGAGGAAGGCCGGUAAACAUGCGCAGCCUCACCCAGAGGAGGAUGUGUUCAGCUUGAAGGUAAAUGGGUCGCCAGCCUUACCGGCCAAGGGGGAAAACCCUGGUGUUGUUGUCGCUUCGAUGGCUCCUGCUGAAAAAAGUUGUGACAACUUGGGUUUGAACUGCAUUGUCUGCGGCAUCACAGCAAGUAGUCAGAAGAACAUGCAAGAUCACCUCAAAGGGAAAAUUCAUAUGAGGAAGACUGACAUGCUCGCGCAGCCCAAUCCUAAGGAGAAUGAGGUCUGCUCAAAACCAAAUGCAUCAGCAGCCGUGCUACCGGCCAAGCAGAAGAACUCCGACGUUGUCCCUGCCUCAUCAACCCUUUCAGCUGGGCCAAGCAGCAAGAAUCAGAAGCAAGACUUGACCUGCACGGCGACCAGCAAGAAGGGCAUGCAGGCUCACCUCAAAGGGCAUGCAGGUGCAGAGGCCGGAGAUGGUGCUGCCAAAGCUGAAGAACAAGAGAAAGCUGAUGUCGAGGAAGAGGGAGCCGUGGAGAUCGACGGAGGCCCCGUCGUGACCGGCGAGGAGUAUUACAUCAAGGCGGAGGGCAAGCUGUUCGUCACACUGCGCCAGGUAGACGAAAGCCUCUCGUGUGGUCUGUGUGCCGUGCACGGCUGUGACAAACGUGGCAUGAUCAAUCACAUCUACACCAGGGACCACUGGCGCAGAGCCAGUCUCGCCGAGGAGAAGGGGGCAUCGGAGGCAGCGCCAGAGGCGGUGAGCAAAGAUGGCGACGGCGUCCCAGUCACCGACGGAGAGGCUCAUGUCGACAACUAA